AUGACUCAAUCUGACGCAUUUUCUUCAACGACGCCUAGCGAGAGCGGACUCAUGAAUAGUAGCAUUCUUUUCUGCGGCAACGAAGCUCCGAGUGGAGACUUCAAAGGCCAUUUCUAUGCUUUACAGCGGCGCGCAAGAGACGGCAAAUUUCCGAUACUCACCUUGUUCUUGGAAAGGUGUACCCAUGUAUUCAGGAAAGAGGUUGCCAACCUCCCCCAGCCGUUGCAGGUGUCGGUGCCGGCUUUCCAGAAUGUCGCAGCCCUAGCCGAUUUCUACACGAACAACGGCCCGGGACCCCUAGCCAGCGCUUUAGAGAGUGCUUUGCUUUGCGUGUUACAAGUUGGCAUUCUUAUAGGACACUACGAAGAGCACGGCCUUGAGUACAAUCUCCACCAAGAAUCAAGUCACUUGUCCGGACUCAGUAUCGGUAUGCUCUCUGCUGCCGCUAUUUCAGCAUCUCCAUCUCUGUUCGAUCUGGCUCAGGCUGGACCUGAGAGCGUAAGGGUAGCUUUCAGACUCGGGAUACAUGUCGAUCGUGUGUCGCAGAAUCUGGAAGCUCGAGAUGGCGAGGGCCGUCUCGAUAGCUGGGCAUACGUAGUUACGGGACUCACUGCUGAGGAGAUUCAGAGUGAACUGGAUCUCUUCCACACUACUACUUCAAACUCGGAGCUCAGCAAGGUGUUCAUCAGUGCCUCUGACAAGCACUCCGUAAGCGUUACCGGACCACCGUCUCGACUUAAGAAUGCAUUCUUGUUUUCUCAGAAGCUUCGAUACUCCCGGCAUCUACCACUGCCUGUAUACGGCGGUUUAUGCCACGCCCCCCAUUUAUACGGACAGCAAGACGUAACAGUGAUUGUCCGAGGAUCGCACGGAAUCGUUCCCAUCUACAGCCACCGCCGCCCAGUGUUCAUACCUGUGUUCUCCGUCCAACACGGGGUCCCAUUUGGGGCCCAAACUGUUGGCAACUUGCUCGAGGCAAUUGUUUCCGAAAUUCUCACCGGAACCAUUUACCUCGACAAGUUGACCAACGGUAUCGUCGACAUACUUUCAACUUCAUCAAGCUGCCGAUUCGUGCAAUUCCGAACCUCCAUAGUUUCCAAGGCUAUCGUGUCGGAGAUCGAAUCCAAUCUGGCAGAACUCAAGAUCAACCACGUUGAUCUCGUCGACUGGACUACAUUGCCGGCCCCUGAGUACAGGGCCCCUGCGUCGACAAAAUCCUCCAAACUGGCUGUGGUCGGUAUGUCUUGCCGUCUCCCAGGCGGUGCGGACAACUUGGAACUCUUUUGGGACCUCAUGGUCAACCGUCGAGAUGUCCACUCGAAGAUCCCAGCCGAUCGGUUUGACCUGGAGGCACACUACGACCCUACGGGUAAAACGCCCAAUUGUACAGAGACACAGUUUGGAAGCUUCAUCAACGAACCCGGUCUAUUUGACGCGGGCUUCUUCAGCAUGUCUCCUCUUGAGGCAGAGCAAACUGAUCCCAUGCACCGACUUGCCCUCGUGACCGCAUACGAAGCUCUCGAGAUGGCCGGAUAUACCCCAAACCGUACACCCUCAACAAACCCCAAGCGCGUGGGCACAUUCUACGGCCAGGCAAGUGAUGACUGGCGUGAAGUAAACGCCGCCAUCAACAUUGGCACGUACGGCGUUCCCGGCGGUGAGCGAGCAUUUGCCAAUGGCCGCAUCAACUACUUGUUUAACUUCGGCGGCCCUAGCUUCAACAUUGAUACUGCCUGCUCUAGUGGUCUGGCCGCUGUUCAGUCUGCUUGCUCGGCUCUUUGGAACGGAGAGGCCGACAUGACGAUCGCUGGUGGUUUGAAUGUCAUUACUAACCCUGACAACUUCUGCAUGUUGUGCAGAGGACACUUUCUAUCUAAGACAGGCCAGUGCAAGGUCUGGGAGAAAGAUGCAGAUGGGUACUGCCGCGCUGACGGUAUUGGGUCGGUUGUCAUAAAGCGACUUGAAGAUGCGGAAGCCGAUAAUGAUAAUAUCAUCGCCGUCAUCGCGGCUGGUGCCACCAAUCACUCGGCCGAAGCUCUGUCUAUCACGCAGCCCCAUGCUGGCGCGCAAAUGGAUAACUACAACCAGCUCAUUCACGCGACAGGUAUCAACCCGCUCGAUGUAACCUAUAUCGAGCUCCAUGGAACCGGCACCCAGGUCGGAGACGCCAUUGAGUCCGAAUCCGUCGCGUCUGUCUUCUCGCCUAUGUCCCCCAUGUCAGCUAGACGCCGACCGGACCAGUUUCUCCAUCUCGGUGCUGUCAAGUCGAACAUAGGCCACGGUGAGGCGGCAGCAGGUAUCGCAUCCCUGCUCAAAGCUCUCCUAGUGUUCCGCAAGGGGCAGAUCCCACCGCACGUCCCCAUCAGGAGCAUGAACCCUGCCGUCCUCAGAAACAUCGACCACCGCAACAUGGGACUGCCGUCGGAAAUGGUUUCUUGGCCGAGAAAGGCGGGCUCUAAGCGACAUGCCCUGGUCAACAGCUUUGGCGCUCACGGCGGAAACACGACUAUCUUGCUCGAGGAUGCCCCCGAGCGUGAAAGGGUUGGCCGGGACCCCCGAUCAACCUACCCCUUCAUCGUGUCUGCGAAGAGCAAGAAGUCGCUCAAGGGGAAUAUUAGCACUCUACUGAAGCUUUUGGACACCGAGCCCGAGACUUGUCUGAGCGACCUUUCGUACACCCUAUGCGCCCGACGCAUGCACCACUCCAUCCGAGUAGCCACCUCCGCCAGCAGCGCAGCGCAGCUACGUAAGUUCCUUACCGCCUCCUUAGAUGAUGUCGACACUCUCAAGAGCGUCUCCUCCGAGACCAACGUUAUCAUGGUCUUCACCGGACAGGGAUCCUUCUACAAAGGUAUCAGCUCCAAGCUAUACCACGAUUUCCCCUUUUACCAGCGCGAGGUUCAGCGCCUCGACGCUGUCGUCGAACGGCUCGGCUUCUCUUCCGUCAUUCCAUUUAUCGAGGCUGGUGCCACUGACUCGGCCGAGGCGAAUCCCCUCCAGACCCAGCUAACCAUUCUCGUGGUUGAGAUCGCGCUCGCCCGACUUUGGGAGUUCCUGGGAGUAACGCCGAGUGCCGUUAUCGGUCACAGUCUAGGUGAGUACGCAGCACUAGUAAUCGCGGGUGUCAUAUCGGCAAGUGAUGCCAUCUACCUCGUCGGAAAGCGAGCGGAGCUUUUACUCUCCGAGUGCACCGUCGGCAGCCACGCCAUGCUGUCCGUCCGCGCCAGCGCCGACGCCAUCGAGGAGAAGGUAGGCGAUCGCCACGCAUAUGAGGUCUCGUGCGUGAACGGCCGCGAAAACACGGUGAUCAGCGGUAAGGUAGAGGAGCUGAAUGCGAUCCGCUCGCUGCUCAGCGAAGCGGGACUCAAGGCUAUGCUCCUUGAGGUCCCGUUCGCCUUCCACAGCGAACAGAUCGAGCCCAUCCUCCCGGCCUUCACGGAGAUCGCUAGCCAUGUGGUGUAUAAGACGCCGCAGGUCCCCAUCAUCUCGCCGCUCCUCCAGGAUUGCGUGUUCGACGGCAAGACGGUGAAUGCCGAAUAUCUCACCCGUGCGUCUCGCGAGCCUGUGAACUUCGUCGGUGCGCUUGACGCCGCGGUCGACAUGGAAGUUGUAGAGAACAACACGCUCUGGCUCGAGUGCGGCCCACAUGCCGUCUGCAACACUUUCGUGAGCAGCUGGGACUCCAAGCAGGGUACCUUUAGCUCCCUCCGCCGGGACGAAGACGAUUUCAGCACCAUGGCGACAUCCAUGGCUGCGCUGCACGCCAAGGGAGUGCCUAUUGCUUGGAACGAGUACUUUAAACCGUACGAGACGUCGCACAGAAUGUUGACGUUGGAGUCUUACCAGUGGAACGAGAAGAACUACUGGAUCACCUACGAAGGCACAUACACGCUGCACAAGGGGCCGAAGCAGAUCGAGCCGGCUAAACCGACUAUUGGCUCCUCUCCUCUAAUUACGUCGUCUAUCCACCUCAUCACCUCCCAGGAGAAAGAUGGGUCCACGGCGAAGGUAAGCGCCGUGUCAGACCUCCAGCACCCGACGCUUCUCCCGUCCGUGACGGGCCACAAGAUGAACGGCUACGGUGUCGCUACAACUUCCAUCUGGGCCGACAUGGCCCUCACCCUCGGCGAGUACAUCUACAAGUACCUCGACCCGAGCUCCCAGAACACCGAGCUGCACAUGAACGUCUCCGACAUGGUCGUCCUGCACGCGCAAGUCGUGUCCCCGGACUCCACAAAGGAGCACCUGAUCUGCGUCGACGCCGACCUCGACUGGGCCACGCAACAAGCGCACCUGCGCUUCUUCGCCCCCACCGGCCCCUCGGACCCCGCCGAGCCCUUCGCAACCUGCACAGUCCGGUACGAGCACGCGUCCGCCUGGGCGCGCGAGUGGCGGCGCGUGAGCCACCUCGUGCGCUCGCGCAUCGCCGCCGUGCACGCGCACGAGGCCGGGAACCGCGUCGGGCGCGCGCUCGCGUACUCGCUCUUCGGCAACGUCGUCGACUACGCGCCCAAGUACCGCGGCAUGCGCUCCGUCACGAUGGUCGGCGCCGAGGCCGUCGCCGACGUCGCGCUGUUCGCCGAGCAGCUCGGCACCUGGCACUCGCCGCCGCACUACAUCGACAGCGUGUGCCACGUCGGCGGGUUCGUGCUCAACGCGGGCGAGGACUACAGGGAGAGCUUCUAUGUUACGCCGGGGUGGGGGAGCUUCAGGAUGAUGGGGAGAAUGAGGGGGGGGGAGACGUAUCAGAGUUAUGUCCGCAUGGCGCCGACGGGGGAGCAGAAUAUGUUUUCCGGGGACGUGUAUAUCUUGCAGGGCGAGGAGAUCGUGGGGGUCAUGGAGGAGAUGAAGUUUAGGCGCGUGGCGCGCGUGCUGAUGAAUCGCUUUUUCUCGCCGGCUGAGGGUGGGGGCGCUGGGGCUGGCCAUCAUGAUGCGUCGGUGAAGAAGGUCAAGGCGGUCGCGCCGAAGCCACUGCCCACCCCUCUUCCUGUUCCUGCUCCUGCACCCAGGCAUACACCCGCACCACUAGUCGUGCUCUCAGCACCCACGCCGCCCGCAUUCUCACCUUCCCCGUCACCCGUCAUCCUCACCCCACCACAGACCGACGAAGAAAGUCUGGACGGGGAGGAGAACUCGACGGUGCAGGAGGCGCUGCUGCUGAUCUGCCGGGAGUCCGGGCUGGAAAUGGAGCAGCUGAAGGACGAGGCGCUGUUCGCGGAGGUCGGCAUCGACUCGCUCAUGUCGCUGGUGCUGGCGGAGAAGUUCCGCUCCGAGCUGCAGCUCGAGGUCAAGAGCUCGCUGUUCUUGGAGUGCGCGAAUGUCAAGGCGUUUAAGGAGUGGCUGGCGGAUUAUUGCUGA